AAAAUAACUGUGGAAGAUGCUAAGCGGAUUUUGGACGAACAGAAAAUAAACACGGAAAUUCAGGAAUGCACUUCUGAAAUUAACGACUUAAAGUUCGAGUGUGAAAAUCUGGAAAAAGAAAAUGAUAAACUUUCUAAAGAACGCGAACUCUAUGA